UGUGGGCUUCCUUGGUUGCCUUGCUCCUGCCUUGCGGUGUUCCGGAGGCCUUCGACGGCGUGCGAACUGCCUGCGACCGCAGGGCGCGCCCCAAGUUUUUGCGCAAGCGUGCCCGGCGGCAGUCAGAGCAAAGGCGCGCCGCCUUUUCCCGCAGCGGCUAUGUACAGCGAUGCGCGUUGGUGGGCUAAAUGGGCGAACCAACCACGGCGGACGGGUGCGGCCGGUGCACUAAGGCAGAAGCGGAAGACGCCCGGAGGGAGCUGGAAAAGGCGGGCCACGCGAUCAAGGGCGAGCGGACCUACCUCCAGGAGCGCAGCGACCGGGUGGGCCGGCGGGCCGGCCGGGGUUUUGAUUGUUUUGCCGGGCGGCCUUUGGAUGGUGGCCACGCGGCGGAGAGGGGCGGGGCGGCAGGCCGAGAGGGCAGGGGCGGCCCCCUACGGGAGGGCCUCGCGGUUUGCCCGACCGACGUCUCAGAAAGCCGAGGAUCCCAGCUCGAUCGAACGCACGAUGACCGCGGCGCUCUCAUCGCAGCUGGCUCGGCCGCCGCGACUGCGUAGCCUCUGAUCGCCGAUUUUUCCGGUCCGCCCCUUUCUGGGGACUCUUCUGCGCCCAGGGCUCCGGGCACGAGCGGGCCCUUGUCAUGUCGUUGGGAGGCCCCGCGGCCCGGCAUGCGCAGCGUGCCCGAAUGCGACGGCCCCACUUCCGGACCAAAAGAAUUGCCGACAUCGGGGCGGAGGGGCCGGCGCGCUCAAACUGUUUGCAGCGGGCGAAAUUCUGCCGAUGGAACUCGAUGGCCUGGAGGCGCGGCGCGGGUUGGCCCUGAAAUGGGAGCAGGGUGGAGCGU